UCCACCGACAAUGAUAUUCGAGGCACUUGCGGCUUGUCUGCAGCGCUAGGAGAAAAGAGGAGAGAAAGAGAGAACCUCACCUCCUCAAACAGCGAGUGAGGUAGAGGAGAAAAAGAGACAGAGCGCGAGAGGAAGACAAGAGGCUGUGGAGUAAAACGGAAAGACAACAGCGGCUUGGACCUCCAGCACAGGAGUGUUUAAUUGUCUGCAGCUUUAUUGUAAAGUGUCUAAUUUCCACACAGAUCCGACAUGUCAUCGUCCGGUAAAGACAACAGCGGUGCCCAACAUGCCAAUUACGUGGGACCUUACCGUUUGGAGAAGACGCUCGGGAAAGGACAGACAGGGUUGGUCAAGCUGGGAAUCCACUGUGUAACAUGCCAGAAAGUCGCCAUAAAGAUUGUCAACCGUGAGAAACUCAGUGAGUCAGUACUAAUGAAGGUGGAGCGAGAAAUAGCUAUUCUGAAGCUCAUAGAACACCCGCAUGUCUUAAAGCUACAUGAUGUCUACGAAAAUAAAAAAUACUUGUACCUUGUGCUAGAACAUGUGUCUGGUGGUGAGCUGUUUGACUACUUGGUGAAGAAGGGCAGGUUAACACCUAAAGAGGCCAGGAAAUUCUUCAGACAGAUCAUGUCUGCCCUGGAUUUUUGCCACAGUCAUUCCAUAUGCCACAGGGAUCUGAAGCCUGAGAACCUGUUGCUAGAUGAAAAGAACAACAUCAGGAUAGCAGACUUUGGCAUGGCCUCCCUUCAGGUCGGCGACAGUCUGCUGGAAACCAGCUGUGGAUCUCCACACUACGCCUGUCCAGAGGUCAUCAGGGGAGAGAAGUAUGAUGGGAGGAAAGCAGACGUCUGGAGCUGUGGGGUCAUUCUUUUUGCCCUGUUGGUGGGUGCCCUGCCGUUCGAUGACGACAACCUGAGGAAUCUGCUAGAGAAGGUGAAGUUGGGAGUGUUUCACAUGCCACACUUCAUCCCUCCAGACUGUCAGAAACUCCUCCGUGGCAUGAUCGAAGUGGAUGCCACCAAAAGAUUAACGUUAGAACAGAUCCAGAAGCACACAUGGUACAUAGGGGGGAAGAACGAACCAGAACCAGAGCAGCCGGUGCCCAGGAAGGUGACCAUCCGCAGCCUGCCCUCCGCAGACGACAUCGACCCAGACGUACUGGACAGCAUGCACUCCUUGGGCUGCUUCAGAGACAAAAACAAACUACUGAAAGACCUGCUCUCAGACGAUGACAACCAAGAAAAGAUGAUCUACUUCCUGUUACUGGACCGUAAGGAAAGGUACCCCAGUCAAGAGGACCAGAACCUUCCCCCUCGCAAUGAGAUCGAUCCCCCAAGGAAGCGGGUGGACUCUCCGAUGUUGAACCGUCACGGCAAGAGGAGACCGGAGAGGAAGUCCAUGGAGGUCCUCAGUGUCACAGACGGAGGCUCACCUGUACCAGCAAGGAGGGCUAUUGACAUGACACAGCAUGGGCAGAGUAAAUCAGUGUACAGUAAAAGCUUGGAUAUUCCUGACGCCAGUACAAAAUGCAGCAAAGAAGAAAGGUCGCGGUCUAUUAGUGGAGCCUCCUCUGGCCUCUCCACCAGCCCCCUCAGCAGCCCACGGCCUGUCAGAAAGUUCUGUGUACCACCUCAGUCCCCAGACUUGGCGCAGUCCCCGAACACAAGCCCCUGUCCAUCCCCUGAGCCCACCCCCAAUCGCACAGGCCCGCGUAUCUCCACCCCCAACUCGCUCGCUCCAAACAGCGAGCCCCUGCCAGACUCACUCAACAAGACGCAGACACUCCCCGCCAAACCCAAAGUCGUCCCCAAGCCCCUCCAAGCCACGCGGUCCAACCCGCUCCCUGAAUCCUCCCCAGAUCCAGCAUCAGCCAGAUCAGAGCCCUCCACUCCUUGCCAGCUCCCGAUGCAGCCACCCUCUGCCUCCGUACCCCCCACCCCUACUUCUCCGUCCUCCCCGUCCUCCCCCUUUUCCCCGUCCUCCAUCUCCAGUUCUCCCAUCCCGAACAGCCCCCAGGUACGGCGCUCCCAUUUUGCUGCCAACCCCCAGCUCUCUGUGCCCUUCAGCCCAGUGGUGCCCCUGUCGCCCAUCCGGCUGCACCACUUUCAUCCCGUGCCGCCGGCGCCUUCUUCCUUCACUGACCACCCGCCCAAAUCUAUCCCCCUCAUACAGGUCACCCCUCACCCCUCCCCUCGAGGCAGCCCCCUCCCUACCCCAAAGGGCACCCCGGUGCACACUCCCAAGGACAGCCCGGCCGGGACCCCCACCCCAACGCCGCCCCCCAGCCCUUCCAUUGGAGGCAUGCCUUGGAGGACGCGCCUCAACUCCAUCAAAAACAGCUUCCUGGGCUCACCACGGUUCCACCGCAGAAAACUCCAAGUUCCCACACAAGAGGAGAUGUCCAGUCUCACACCAGAGUCUUCCCCAGAACUUGCCAAAAAAUCCUGGUUUGGUAACUUCAUCAACCUGGAAAAAGAGGAGCAGAUCUUCAUCGUCAUCAGAGACAAGCCUCUCAGCUCCAUCAAGGCAGACAUCGUUCAAGCCUUUCUCUCGAUCCCCAGCCUGAGCCACAGCGUGAUCUCUCAGACCAGUUUUCGAGCAGAGUACAAGUCCACGGCUGGCCCUACGGUUUUCCAGAAGCCGGUGAAAUUCCAGGUGGAUAUCACCUACACGGAGAGCACAGCUGCCACCAAGGAGAACGGCAUCUACUCUGUCACCUUCACCCUGCUCUCAGGACCCAGCCGGCGCUUUAAGCGAGUAGUGGAGACGAUUCAGAGCCAGUUGUUAAGCACACAUGACCAGCCAGGGGUCCAACAGCUGUCUGGCAGCCCAUUGAGUAACUUCUUUGACGUAAUAAAACAACUUUUUUCAGACGAGAAGAACGGACAGGUGCCCUACCCCUCUGGCACGCCCACCAAGCGCUGCCCCUCGCCCAUGCACGUCCGGAGGCACGAGCCGGAACAUAAUGACACCAAAUGCCCCGCCGCGGGCCGAGACAGAGCCAAGUUGGCGAUGGCGUCCGUGGGGACACUGGAGGAGUCAUAGGUCGAGAGGCUGUGUAGUCGAGCCAGCGCUAAAAACCCAUCCCAGUAUCACUAUAAGAGAAUAUCCUAUCUGUACAUAGCUAGAUGUACAUAUCAUUUAUGGACACUUUUUUGUAUAAAAUGACUUUAUAUAGAUAGAAAUAUAUUAAGAGAAUCAAAGUGAUAUUUUACAAACAGUAUAAUGCACCUACAUGACACACACACACACACUCCUGUCCUUCCACUCCCCCUUUCAUUAUCCACCAUCAUCAUCAUCAUCCACCCCUCUGCCCCAACCAUCUGAUCGCCCUGUGGCUCUGUUUUUUGCUCCGUCGCUGCUAACCUGUGUCAUGACCUGACUUGUUUCUGAUACCAGGAAUUAUCCAGAAAACCUAUUAAGCCCCUCCUCCUGCUCCUUCCCUCCACCACCACUUCCACCACCACCACCACCCUCCCCCCACGAGCGUGCCGAGAAGGGACGGACAUUUGUUGACGGAGGACUGCUUUUAGAGGUGCGCUGGAAAAAAAAAAAAAGGAGGAGGAGGGGGGGGGGUUACCAUGGAAACAGACCCUUCAUGCAGACUUCUACCUUCAUCUCCCUCUGCGCCACCUUCUCCACCUCUGGCAGCCAUCAGUAGAAGUAGAUGAAAAUACCUUUAGUGUCCCCGCCCCCCUCAUCUUAGGAUCACACACACACACACACACACACACACACACACAUGUGCACAACAAAUCCACACAAAUCCCAAUGAGACAAGAACGCACAUUCCCUUCACCAACCGGCCCCCCUUUUUCCUCUCGAGGAGCAUCAAUUGGAGACAUUUUACAAAAAGACACUACAUACACAACACAUGUAUGUAUGUAUGCACAGAAAACUCUGGGAUGUAUUAACAAGAACAACAACAACAACAACAAAAAAGAAGACAUGCAGAGACUGAUUCAGAGGAGGAGAGAAGGGGGAGGAGUUUUGUGGAAAAGCCCAAACAGCCGACGCGGAUGCUUGCUGGAUUGUAUUUGUUUGCUUUUUAAUGUACUUUCUUUGUGAAGAACUGGGUUUAAAAUACUAACUGACUUUAUUAGACUUAAUACUAUUGCUGCAAACGGACUGGAAUUGUGAUUUCAGAGAGGAGCUGGGUGUGAGCAGAACCGGGCAGGGGAGGGGCAGAGGGGGAGAUGAUACGAUAGCUAUAGGGUUGGAGGGAGGGCCGCGGGUGGGUAUUUGGGUAUUUAAAAUGAAUGAUCUAUUCUGUUGUACAGACUGAUAUCAUUUCUUAUGUAUAAAAAAAAUGAAAUGUCUAGUUGUGACACUAUGUUUAGAUACCAUAGGGUCAGGUUGGUAAACCUGUGCCUGCCACAUACUGUACUUUUAAAUUCUUCUGUGUAUUUUUGUUACAUGAUCAUUUUCUGUCUUCUGUUCGAUUGACCUAAUAAUGAUCCAAACAUUCCUGUUUGUGUUAUCUGCAGCACUUUGUCUUUGGUUUUCCAUUUAUACCUCUCUCUUAGUCUCACUUACCAGCAGUAGGAGUAGAGGAACAAAAAAAAAGGACAAAAAAAAAGACAACGUGAUAAAUGCAAUUGUGGAUAUUUUUGUAUUUCUGUCCUUAUUUAUUCAUGUUUGUUCAUCUCACUGUUUGAUUUCCUAAUUUAUCAUAACUUGGCUAUUUAUAUGAACAAAGCUGUUAGGUCAGUUGAAUGUUAUUUAUUACCCUCUUGUGUGUUCGUAAAUGGGGCAACAUUUAAAGAAAAUAAUGAACUUUUUUUUUUUUUCUUUUGUUUUGGUCUGCAUUUAACAGAAUUAUGUGACAAGUCACAAAUUCUCUUUUUCUCUGAUGUCUCCAAGGAGGGAAAGAGAACUUGUAUGAACUCUUGAAAAAAAAUUAUUUACCAGUAAUUUAAGAAUGUAGACUUAGCCUCUUUUUGGAGAGGGAAUAUGCUCUUCUAUUGAUAUUUGUCAGUUUCAUAUUAUUGUGCGUGUAGGCCAGGCCUGAGGAGAAGGACACCACAGAUCCCAAUCUACUUCUUCUCUUUGUAAAUAUACAGACAAACCGUGGGGGUUGAUUGUCUUCUCAACCAUACUGGGGAUUCCUGCUCUAUGCUUUUAGCUUGUAUUGCUGUGUGCAUGUCAAACAUGAGCUUUUCUUUGCAUGGCUUUAGUGUUCAUGUUCCAUGCCAAACUCACUCCUUCUCUCAGCCUUCAUUGAUUCUCUCUCUCUCUUCUCUCUCUCUCCACAAAACUACCUUUUAAAUGUUUUAAAUUCCCCCUCUGUCCCCUACUUUUCACCCUCUCUGCUUUGAUUUCUGGCCUUCUUCUUCUUUUUUUUUUUUAAUUAUUCCCUCGCUCCUGCUUAAUCCCUCCCCUUCCUCCUCCUCUUAUCUUGUGCACAAAGUUUUUGAACGAUGCUUCCUUUACUCUGUACCUCUCGCUGGAAGGCUCGGAGGUCUGGGCUCUCUCUACCUGUCGAAGGUAGACGAGGCACAGUGAGGGGAUAUCAGUACACAAACACAAAGCAAUACCCUAUCGUUCACCCUCCUUUCUGUUUUCUACAAUGGGAAGCUAGCAGCACCAAGGACAUCUGAUGAUUCUGAGGCCCAGAGCGGUCUUUUGACAGAGCAGGAACAAAACAGACUGAUGUAAUCCCCAUAUAAAAUAACUGUGAGCAUCUUCAGUGCUGAAACAAAUAAACUCAUUAAGUUAU